GCCUUAAGCAGCUCCGCCCAAGCCCACACCAAACAAAUGAGCAGAGUUUUGAAGACCGAAGAAGAGCUAGGAGUCGAGCAGCAGCAUUGCUGUACAUUUUCGAAAGUAUGCAGCGGCUCCCCCUUACAAGAUUUUCCUCUUUUUCGCUGAGAAAUUCUCUCUCCCAAUCCUCGAAAUCUCUGUUGAUUGGAAGAAGUGAUGCUAGAAAUUCUCUCUUGCGCCGCUUCUCUUCAUUCGGUGAAAGAGAAGCACUUGAGGAAGAUGUUGAGAAGAAAGCUGGAUGGUUAUUGAAACUUAUUUUCGUGGGAACUUUUGGAGUUGUUGGCUACCAGUUCUUUCCUUACAUGGGUGAUAAUCUGCUGCAACAAUCGAUCUCGCUUUUACACGUGAAGGAUCCCUUGUUCAAAAGAAUGGGAGCAUCCAGAUUAUCCCGCUAUGCAAUUGAUGAUGAAAGAAGGGUGAGAGUAGUAGAGAUGGGUGGAGUUCCAGGUCUUCUGAAUAUGCUGGAAACCGGCAAAGAUGACAAAACACGUAAAGAAGCUCUCAAAGCUUUAGUUGCCCUUUCUUACUCUGGUGUAGCAGCUGAGGCUUUACAUCAAGCUGGUGCAGUUCCUAUCGUCAAUUCCACUCCAAAUUCCAGUGAGCAUGCUGAAGUUGAAGUUUACAGGUCCAGCCUUCUCAAGAGGUUUGAGGAGCUAAAAACCUGAUGGUUUUCUGGCAGAGGGAGCACUCAACUGAUUGACGAUGGAGCAGGCUUUUUUUCUUUUUUUGCCGCCUCUAUUCCCCUCUCUUCC